UCUACAUGCGUAUGCUCACCAUUCCAGUUAGGCACAAUGAACGACUUCGUUCAAGCACAUCCAGGCCCUCUUGAUGUCAUUUACGAAGCAGCUGACACAGUUCUUCGAAACGCAGAGGGUCUAUUGGGGGCCGACAAACUUGCAGACUUUUUCGCAACCGUUCGAUGGAACGAGCCCUUCAUCCUCGCCUUGGUCUUGGGGCAGAUAUUCCUAUUCAUGCUAACUUAUGCCACGCGCAGAUUCGAGAUUGCACAGUUUUGUAUUCUCAUGGUAAUUACUAUGAUCACGCUCGCUGCGGAACGCUUGAAUAUGUACGGAAAAAGGCAUUGGAGUCAGUUCGCGUCGCAAAACUACUUCGACGGUCCCGGGUUGUUUAUGAUGAUCUUCGUUUCGGGGCCGUUUGUUGUUCUUGCUAACGUCAUUGUAAUUGGAAUGGGCCUAAAGCUUGUCCACUUGUACAGUAGACGUGUUCGAAUCCAGCAUCAGCAAAGGGAAGAAGAAGAAGAAGCGACAGUUGCUGCAGAACACAAGAAGAACACGUGAAUCCUGGAGUUUUAACAGCUCUUUCCGCGCCGUACUUGCUGUGUCUGCAGUCAUCCGCGUUUGAGCCGCCGGCUAACCUUUCAAUUUGAAGCGCGCACUUUUGUUUCUUGAUUAACUGAAAUAGAAUGCAAUUGUUCUUUUCCGCGAGGAUCGGAGGCGUUAAGAGAUACUACGUGUCCUGCGCUACAAGUCCGUUGGUGUAACCUGGACCAUUCCUACAGAUGUGCAUCAGAGAUGCAGAGGUGUAUAAUUAUGCGUACCAGUAUCAAUUUUCGUGGCAUGGAAUCAUGCCUAACCUCACAAUAUCGGGGUCCUUGGCUUCAGUUUCUCGAAGUUGAGAGGUAGUGCUCGUGUAAGGAGGGAAAAGCUUUUUCUUUCAUCUUUCUGCGAUGAAGUAUUCUAGUGUUGUGAAGGUUUGCCAACUCGUAACCUCUUAUAGCUUGUGGCACCCAGAUAUUGUUCUGCGUCUUGAAGCAGAUCAGACACUUCAAAAGUGUAAAAUGACACCUGAGAAUCUGUAAUG